AUGGCUGCCCAGUCUAGGGCACUCGCUGUGCCAGAGAUCCUCACUUUGGUCUUACAAGAACUAGACAUGCAUACACUGCUAGUUUCUGCCCAGCGAGUCUCUCGGAUGUGGAGAACUGUCAUUAAAGAAACUCCCUCACUGCAGGCGAAAUUAUUCCUUGCCCCAAUCAGCCCAAAAGACAACAAUCCCGCGCCGAUAUUCAACCCGCUUCUAGCGACUAAGUUUCCCACAUUAAUCCCAAAAACCAACCGAACGAUCAACCAGCCAACAGAGUUUGUUGAUCUGACAACCAUUGAUAUUGCUCUUCAUCCCCUAAAAGAGUUUGCAUAUCUUCGUCCUGAAGCAAGUUGGCGCCACAUGUUGACCCAACAACCGCCGGCAUUUACACUUGCUUCUAUAACGAGGAGUGUGAACGCUGAAGGAGUGAGUCUCAAGAGAUCACGAGGGCCUCGCCAAGAUGAGGGGUUACGUAUGGGUACUCUCUUUCAAUGGGUUCUAUCCCUUCCAGGUCAUCUCUUCGCCAUUGGCGUGACCAUCUUCUUCGGAGGGCCGUCGCCUGUGAAUACCAAUACACCAUUUUUCAACUCAGGUGGCUUUUGGGCAGAUUUGUAUCAAGAUAUUGUCGCUAAGCAUGAUGUUAUUUUGUCGGUGGAUAUGGGAAGCAUUUCGGAUAUAUCUAAUGAGGAUCAGAGAUAUAAGACCAGCGAGGACGCGGAAACAAGGAAUUAUCUCUACGGCGCUCUUCAAAUGGCAGACUUGUUUACAUCUGAUUUGUCAUUUGAAGAAUACGAGUCGUGA